AUGCUGCCCAGCGCCUGUCUCGGAGCCUCAAUCCUCUCUAUCUACCAAGACGCCAAGCUGCGAGCCAAGACGUUCGAGGACCCAUCUCCCAGGACCGCACACCUCGCCCUGCCGCCCUUCAGCUCUUCGUUGCUCCUCUCUGCCGCCAUCUCAUUGCGCCUCUCAGACGACGUUGGCCUGUCGUAUCACCUCGGUAAACGCAUCUAG